AGCCGGAAAGCGGAAUGGAAUUCUCGCGAGAUAUAUAGAGGCUAGCCUGAGAAGAGGGGCUGAGGCCCAGCGGGGCACCACGUGGGCCUUGCUAUCCAGAGCUGAAUCUCCCGCUGGUGUCCAGUUUGGGUCUGGGUUGGAGUUGGGACUGUGGAGAUGCGGGAGGAAACCUCGUCUCCCCUAGGUGCCCCCGCGGCCCGGGAGUGGAACCUUCCUCCUAAUGCGCCCGCAUGUAUGGAGCGGCAGUUGGAGGCUGCGCGGUACCGGUCGGAUGGGGCGCUCCUGCUCGGGGCCUCCAGCCUGAGUGGCCGCUGCUGGGCAGGCUCCCUCUGGCUUUUCAAGGACCCUUGUGCCGCCCCCAACGAAGGCUUCUGCUCCGCCGGAGUCCAGACGGAGGCCGGAGUGGCUGACCUCACUUGGGUGGGGGACAGAGGUAUCCUAGUGGCUUCUGAUUCAGGUGCUGUUGAAUUGUGGGAGCUGGAUGAGAAUGAGACACUCAUUGUGAGCAAGUUCUGCAAGUAUGAGCAUGAUGACGUUGUAUCUACAGUCAGUGUCCUGAGCUCUGGCACACAAGCUGUCAGUGGUAGCAAAGACUUCUGCAUCAAGGUUUGGGACCUUGCUCAGCAGAUGGUACUGAAUUCAUACCGGGCUCACUCUGGGCAGGUCACCCGUGUUGCUGCCUCUCCCCACAAGGACUCCGUGUUUCUCUCAUGCAGUGAGGACAGUAGAAUUUUACUCUGGGAUACCCGCUGUCCCAAGCCAGCGUCACAGAUGGGCUGCAGUGCCUCUGGCUACCUUCCUACCUCACUGGCUUGGCAUCCUCAGCAGAGUGAAGUCUUUGUCUUUGGUGAUGAGAAUGGAACUGUCUCCCUUGUGGACACCAAGAAUGCAAACUGUGCCCUCAGCUCAGCUGUGCACUCCCAGUGUGUCACUGGGCUGGUGUUCUCCCCACACAGUGUUCCCUUCCUGGCCUCCGUCAGUGAAGACUGCUCACUUGCUGUGCUGGACUCGGGCCUUUCCGAGCUGUUUAGAAGCCGAGCGCACAGAGACUUUGUGAGAGAUGCUACUUGGUCCCCGCUCAAUCACUUACUCCUUACUACAGUGGGCUGGGACCAUCAGGUCAUCCACCACAUUGUACCCACAGAGCCUCUCCCAGCCCCUGGACCUAAGAGUGUUGCCAAGUAGAUGGGAUUUAAGACAAAAAGCAAAUCUCCCAGGAGUAUCCACUCCCUUUGCCCUUGCCCUUGCCCUCUCAGUCUAUGAGACAUGCAGGAGCCUUACACAGUAUGUUGAUAGACCAGAUCUGUGCAGUGAAUAGGCAUUGUCUGAGGGAGGCUGGGUUCUGGGGUCCUGUAGUCAUAGGGAAGAAAAACUUUGUUGAAAAUGGGUAUGUCUGUGUGUCUGAGUGUGUGUGUAGACAUAUAGUUUUUGGUGGUGGGGGGAAUAAAAAAAUCCAUCUAAUGUCUUUCCUAAGCCCCCUCCCCUAGGAAAAAGUUCACAAAAGGGUUUUAUGCUUCCCAUGUAUCUAUGCUUGAGGAAUUGGCCAUGUCUGGAUGAAGUAUAGGUUGUGGGCAUCCCUGAAUUCUUGGAAGCUGCUCAUAUACUACUUGUAGAGAUAGGAGCAACUUUAUUUUUUUAUAGAGCUUAAUUCACCUUUAUCAUGAGCAGUGCUUCCAUUUACAAAAAUCCAGCCCAGCUCACCUGGAGGAAGAGCCAGGACACUCUUAUUACUGUUUUGCACAUCUUCUUGCUGUUAAACUGAGUCAGAAAUCCAUUUUCUGGCCGAAUAAAAAGUUGGGCCUGUGUAAUGCCCGCUCCCCUGCCCCCGUCCCCCCAGGGAGUUGUGUAUAUGGGAGAUGAGUGUUUUUCUGUCAUAGAUGCCUUUGAAAAAAGUUUGGGGAUGAUGGGGAGCUUAAAGGCAUUUCAGUUAAGUUAGAAAACUGACACAAACUUGCAGAGAAUGUCUGGCACUUUUCCCAUCGAAAACAGCCUGAGACCUGACCUCCCCCGCCUCUGGUCCCCUUUCUCUGGCUAUAGGAAGUCUGAAUGGUGUUUUUGUGGACUCUGGAAAUUUUAAAAUGCAGCAUCAGAGAAUCAGAAAUACUCGUUGGUGAAAUAAAAAGUUUAGGCUUUGUUGGCCUGUCUUUUGAAA